GAAAAGCUCUCGCGCCCAUUUUCACUCGCAACAGGAUUUGGGUCGGGUCACGCUAAUCGGGUCUGGUGCUAUCUGUUCCCCCAUUAUCAUCCAAUGCUUCCAUUUCUGCAAUUAAACAAACCUAAUAACACAAUUUCUCUCUGAAUUUCCACCAAGCUAUUAAUUUUGGGCGGAGGCUCUCGCAAUCAGGUGUUCUUGCUUUUUGCUGUUUUUACGUGUGGUAUUUUUAGUGCAAGGAAGCGGCAGCCACGUGGUAUGGUGGCAUCCAGAUUAAAAAGAGUUGUUGAGUAGACUGGGAGAUGAGUUGAUGCUAUGAGUAGGCUCUCAUUUAGGCCUCGGCCCCUUGACUUCAACAAAAAACUCCCAAUUAUAAAAUCUAUUAAAGACUUCGAGGAUGAUGAGGUCCCUACCUCCACUCGUAAUUCUCAGAUACUCCGUCUUGCUGCGGAGGCUGAUAAUGAGGUGCAACAAGUACCAGGCAGGAAAACUGCUUCAGAAAUACCGACUCCCGAGUUUGUGGUUGUGGAUACAUAUGAAAGGGACUAUUCUCGUACCUUCAUCCAACCGACAUCUUACCUGCGCGCCAGGGGUGCUCGAGCCGAAAUUGGAGAAUUUGUUGAAUAUGAUCUUGAUAAUGAGGAUGAGGAUUGGCUUCAAGACUUCAACAAAGAAAGAAAAACUCUUGUUGCUGAAAAAUUAGAGACAAUUAUUUUCAAGUUGGAGGUUUUAGAUCAUAAGGCUCGUGAAAGAGCAGGAGUUAUUACCCCAACACUUGGCUCUCCUAUUCCAGUGCUUUUAACCUUUGAUGCUGCUGUUGAGGCAUUACAAGCUCUUUCCAUCAAAUAUGGAGUUUUCCAAUGUAUUUAUAAUUACUGGAAGGGAAAGCGUGAACGAUGGCAGAAACCCAUUCUUCGGCGUUUGCAGCCGCCACCACCAGUUAAUGACACCAAUCCGUACAAUGUAUUCAGGCCAAGGGAGAAAGCUCACAGGCUUCACACUAGAAGGAUGCAAAGGAGGGAAAAUAAUGUGCAAUCAUUUGAAAAGCUUCGUCAGGUCAGGCGCAACCUUGAUCAGGCAAAGACCAUCCUGGAUGCUUUGAUCAAGAGAGAAGAGAAAAAACGAGAACUCGUGGAAAGUGAGGUCACCCUCCAAAGAAUUCAAAUGAAGUACAAGCAUGAAACUGAGCUUCUUGAGGAUUCUUUGGCCUUACCUGGAUUGCCAUCCUUCCCGAGCAAGGUGGGUUCAAGUGAAGAGGAGUUCUUUGAUUCUGAUGAUGUAGCAAACAGCCGUCCAAACAGUCGACUAGUUGUGGUGCAAAAUCCUCCUUUCACAGAAUCAAAGCUGGUGAUGGUUCCUGCAGGGAAUGCACGGCGAGAGGCCAGAAGGCGUGUUCCUCAUAGUUGGCUUCAUAAACUGGAUCCUACAGAGCCGGCUAUGCUGUUCGCAAAGCCAUUACUUCCAGAUAAAUUAGCUGCUGCAGGGAUCGUACCUCCAUCGGAUCCUUCAACACCCAACAGCACGUCUGCUCGCUCAUUAAACUUUCAUGGAAGGAUUGGGCGAGGAGGCAGAAUAGUGUUUGAUAGGUGGAAUCCCCUAAUGCAUACCCCAGUGGAUGGUGGUGACACUUUAUAUGUACCACCUAAACCUCGCCAUUUAGCACAUAACUGAUCCAUGACAAAUGAUCUCUAAGCAUGUCCAGAUUGAAUUCCUGUCUCAUUCGAAAGUCGUCUCCUUUCAGUUGGAAUUAGGUCCAAAAAAUUUCAGGAUGGUGUAUACCAGGACGACUAAGACAUUGAAACUGACACGAGAUUGGUGCAGGCAAAAGCUGAAAUUAGAGUACCCCCAAAUGCUUUACUCAAUCUCUUGUAUGAUUGUGUUUACUUGGACAGGAAGAAGAGCUCUGUGUUUUAGGUUGAGAGUAUGAGCAUGGAGUGCAACCGUUGAGCAUUUGUUUAUCUAAGUUAUGCUUAUUUAAGUUGAAAGGGCAAAGUUAGCAGCUAGCGUCAAUGUAUGCUUGUAUCUGUAAAUGAAAAGUGAAAUGACCAUCUACUCUCCUGCUAUAAAAGAGAGUUACAAAAGAUUAUUACUCCUGUGAAAUCACUAGCUUUCAGAUUUUUGCUCAUGAAUGAUACGGGAGUUCCUUGAUUCUCUUUUGAUGUGGUCAAUGAGUGGGGGAAGAAAGCAAGCCUCAUGCAAAGAUGAAGAUUGAGGAAAGAAGAAACGAGCCAAGCCAGUAAAGGAUGUCUCUAAACCUCUAUUCUGGUAACAUGUUGGGGCCAUGGACGGGGCUUAUCUUUUUUCCGAUAAAUAGUUUAGCAUUUUCAGUAUAACUUGUUAGGUUCGAUCUCAUUACUUAGCACUCUGCCUCGUCCAAGGUUCCUAUUACCUGGUUUGCUUUCAGCAUUUGUGUCAGGAAAAAAAAUGGGAUCCUGGGGAUGAAAUGCCAUCGCCACCCAGUAUUUGCUCUUGGUUGAAUUUGCGGGAGUAGAACUGUUCAAUUUUCCUGAAGUCAAUCUAAACUAGCUAGAGGACAUGCCUGUGAGUUGUUAGAUUUUUAUGUCCCAUCGCAGCAGUUGCAGAAGCGUCUUACAUAUCUCAAUUUGGACAACCUCCGAAAGUUGGUUGUUUUACAUGUUGAUGUCAAUGCCAUGCACUCGCCUGUAUUCAUACUUUGAUUAAAAAUUGUCAUUGCUUUCCAUUUUA